UAUGACAACGACUCCAGUUCUAAGUUUUCGGUGGCCGGAGACAAGAUGAAGCUGAAGCGGUUCUUGCUGCGAUAUUACCCGCCGGGCAUUAUUUUGGAAUAUAUUCAAAGUGGAGAACUGAAAACCAAAUCCAUAGAUUUACUAGAUCUCAAUACUGCAACUGAUGUAGAAGCCUUAGUAGAAGAUAUUAGAAAAGCAGAACCUCUCAUCACACAGUCACGGAAAGAUCAGGUUGUACAUUUAAUUCUACGAUUGCAAGAGAAGCUAGGACAAGUGGACCACAAGUUCUAUCUUUUUAAGGUACUUCGAGCACAUAUAUUGCCACUCACCAAUGUUGCCUUUAACAAAUCUGGUUCUUGCUUUAUCACUGGAAGUUAUGACCGAACAUGCAAACUAUGGGAUACAGCAACAGGAGAAGAAUUACGUUCGCUGGAAGGUCAUAGAAAUGUGGUGUAUGCAAUUGCUUUCAAUAAUCCUUAUGGUGACAAGAUUGCUACUGGAUCAUUUGAUAAAACCUGCAAAUUAUGGAGUGUAGACACAGGAAAAUGCUAUUAUACUUUUAGAGGACAUACUGCAGAAAUUGUUUGCUUAUCAUUUAAUCUUCAAAGCACACUAGUUGCAACUGGAAGCAUGGAUACUACGGCUAGACUAUGGGACAUACAGAAUGGAGAGGAAGUAGUCAGAUUAACAGGACAUUCUGCAGAGAUAAUUGCGUUAUCGUUUAACACCACAGGAGACAAAAUCAUCACAGGUUCUUUCGACCAUACAGUUGCAGUAUGGGAUGUUAGCACGGGCAGGAGAAUGCAUACUUUAAUAGGCCAUCGUGCAGAAAUAAGCAGCGCACAAUUCAACUGGGAUUGUACUCUGAUCAUCACUGGAUCUAUGGACAAAACAUGCAUGCUUUGGAAUGCUUUGACAGGCAAGCGGGUAGCAACCUUAACAGGCCAUGAUGAUGAAGUAUUAGAUGUUUGUUUUGAUUAUACUGGCCAGCGUAUUGCAAGUGCCUCAGCUGAUGGAUCAGCAAGAGUAUAUGAUUCAGAAACAAAAAAAUGUAUUGCAAAACUUGAAGGCCAUUCAGGAGAAAUUUCAAAGAUCUGUUUCAAUCCUCAAGGAAGUCGUAUUCUUACAGCCAGUUCAGAUAAGACAGCUCGUCUUUGGGAGCCUAAGAUGGGACAGUGCGUUCAAAUAUUGGAAGGCCACACUGAUGAGAUAUUUUCCUGUGCUUUCAAUUACAAAGGGAAUAUAAUUAUUACAGGAAGCAAAGAUAAUACAUGUAGGAUAUGGCGCUAAUUGGGACAAAGGCUGACCCACUUCUCUAGGAAUGUUAAUUCAGUGUUUUUAUAUAGACAAUAAUCUUUAAAAAUCUGCUUUUUGCAUCUGUCUUUUUUAUUCUUUAUGUAGCAGAAUUAUUUCUUGGACUUAUUGUAAUAAUUAACCUGGCUAGCUAUGUAAAAAUGUGUUAUUGAGAAAAUUAUAAGAAAUGCUUUUUUCCUCUAAAGAUGGCUAAUUGGAGUGAGAAGUCUUUAUCAUACUAUUAGUUGUUACUCUUGCAUUCAUUUAGAUAUCUUACCUUACAAGGUUUAAUUUUUAUUUAAUAAAACAUUUCAAUAUGCAUAAUGUAAAUACUGUAGUAUUGAUUGGUAUGUUCUAUUUAUAUUUUAUAUUUGGGAGUUAAUUUAUAUUGUAUAACUCUAUUUCUUGAUUUUUUAAAAAAGUGUAGUUUAUAUUUAUGGUUUGCCCCAUUCUGAAAGAUUUAAACAGGUAUUUAAACAUUAGAAGUUUCUAACAUUAAAUAAAUACAAUCUAACAAUUAUUAAGUUUUAUUCCAUGUCAAUGAGAGAAAAUAAUGAUACUAAGAACUGCAUAAUUCAGUUAAUGAAUAUACUACAUAUUUCACAUAUGGUUAACUACAUAAUUCUUUAAUAUUAAAGGUUUUUUAUUUUGCAUUAUGAGAAUAAUUUUCUAUUAAUUAUUCAUAUGUUCAUUGGAGGUCCAUGUUCUGAAAUAAAAACAAUUAACAUUGAUUUUGGCAUUCAGUUGUGAGAGUCGUAGUGUUGAAAUAGCAUAACCCUCAUGUCUUUUCAUUUAAUGUGAACUGCCUUUCUUCUUAAGAACUUGAUUUUGGUUUUACAGAGCCUUUUAACAUGAUCUCCUACUAAUCUGGGUUUCUAUACAAGCAGGCAGUAUAGAAAAAAUGCCUGCCCCAAAGUUCAUGCAAUGUUGUAUAUGCUGGCUCUUGUAUAAUUCUUGUAUAAACCAGAAUUUGUUGAUAUGUUAUUAUUUGUGAUCCAUCAUUUCCUAGUCAUUAGAAAUGAUUUUGUACAUUUCUGUUUUGAAUAGUGUUAAAGAACUGCUGCUGUCAGCUAAGCAUCAUUGUGUUCCAAAAUAUCCAGAUACUGGCAUGAAGCUUAGUUGUAAAUGUGUGUGAAUCUUUGGUUUUUAUUUAUUAUAUUUGUCUGAAAAUAUCAGGUUAUUGGCUUAUCUGAACUUCCUUCUACACUACGUAUAGUUUCAUUUGAAUGAAGAAAGGUAAAAAAGUCAGAUGAAAUCUCCAAUACAGCAAAGGACCACUAUUUUCUAUCUUUUAAAACAUAGCAUCUUUCCAGAUGUGGAAAGUGAAACCUCAUUUGUUUCUGUAACCUUCAGAAAGUUCAAAGGUUUAUAAAAACAAAAAAUAAAUGAAACUAGUAAGCUGCUACUAAAAUGUAUCUAUUUGCAAGCAAAAUCUCCACAUAUCAGAAGUGAGGGAAAUAUCUGCAUAGAUAUAAGCUCAGAAUAUAUGGUUAUAUAUCAAUUUUAUCUUAUAUUAGGGAUAAGUUUCAAUUACCUAAUAUUCUUGAUGGUAAUGAUGUAUACAAAACGUAUCUCCCCCACUAAAUAGUUGUACAACAAUGCUUUAUUUCAUCUGUAUCACAUACAAGGGAUAUUCAGAAUCAGAUUUAAGAAAGAUAAAGGCAGAUUGUUAACACAAAUUUAUUUCAAGUCAGGCUUCAGUACUAAAAUGUAAUAUACAGGGAGAAAUGUCAUCACGUUGUUACAUUGUUAUAUUAUUUGUGCUUGUAAACAUUUAUUCUACCACUGCAAAAUUUGUGUAAUUCACAACUAAUUUGCCAUUGGUCAAAAAUAAAU